UCCGGUUACAUUAACUGCUUCCAAUAUAUACGUGCACAAUUGGAUUAAAAACACAUGUAAAUAAAUCUAUUGAUGAAUCUUAUCCUCUAUUCCUUAGCUAAACAUAAAAUUAUUUAUAGUAUUAAACUAGCUUAAACACUAAUAUUAACAUUUCCUAUUCCAACAUGGUGUCAGAAUUUGUCCCAUUAAAUAAACGCAAAUGAAUUAAAACAAAUGAAUUAAAUUUAUAUUAAAUUACUUAAGACUAUGAAUAUACCCUAUUAUUGAAUUUAAAAUCAAAUUUGAACUUGCUAUAAAAUGUUCCCAUACCCCUUGACGCCAUAAUCCUAACUCUUUGACAUUUCCCUGAGUCCCACUACGCAACGGAUAUUCUCCUGUCAUUCGGCACCGACUUUCACAUUCAGGACAUCAAUAAAGAUAAAUACGGAUGGAAGCGAUGGAUCAGGCCUCAUUUUCUGACAAAAGUGACACGUGAAAGCAGAAGCCGACCGACCGACAACCCUGCACUGGGAGAGUUCGAUUGUGUGCACGGUGGCCCCAGCUUUACAAAGUCGACCAGUUGGCCCAAUCCGGGUGUGGACCUAGCCCGACCGGUUUCUUUCGUCGACGACGAAACAAUCGAUCCUGCGACCAACAUCGAGGAAAGAUUUCUGCUGCUGUAGCUGCUGCCGCUGGAGGGCGGUUUGAUUUAUGUUGCGCCAAAUCGAGCAAUCGUCGUGACAAGCAGAUGGAGACGCCGUUUGCUACUCCACCGACAUUGGAGGAAUAUUGAGGCCGGAAGUAAUGGCACAGAAACCGUAAGCGCGUGUAAAUCUUUUCCUUUUAUUCUUUUCCUUCCUAAAAAAAAACAAAAUUUCUUAUUAAAAUAUUAAAUGAAUAAAAUGGCCUUGUCUUAUUAUGCAUGUAUGAACAUAUUUGUUUAAAAUCUUUACUGCCAGAGCCUUUUUCACAAAAUAUUUUCGGUUGGUUCUGCAGUUAGGGAAGACAGUCCGCAAUUCUUCCGGAGCCAAUUGCCCCCGCCGGGCAAACAAUAGUGAUUAGUUACAAAUGGCGCCCAACGUUAAAUGAAUUUAAAAAAAGGUUUUCAACUUUUGUACAAAUUUGAACACCUUUUUAAGUAAGCUCCGGGAGGAAUUGCAAUUAAUUAAAUUAAUUUCAAUUUUUAUGAAACAGAUUUCUCAUUUGCUAUCAUUUUUUAUUUAUACCUUUUGUGGUUGGAGUGAUAUAAAGAAGUGUGAAUAUUUUCUCAUUCCGGAUGAUGAAAAUUACUUUAGUGAUCAAGAUAUCGCCUACCCAGUGUUCGAAGGUUUAGAGAUGAUUCAGUUGUUUAGCCUAGACAUGCGGGGAGUGUAGUUUAUAGAGGAUAGCGAAACUCAAUAAUUUCAAAGCUUAGCGUAAUUUUUUUAAUUUUUUUUACACGUUUUAUUUGCUACAUCAAUUGUUUCUUUGACCAUUCCAAAAUGGCUGAUUCGAGUUUGAGUUAUACCCAAGCUGUUGAAUUGCUGUCAAGGUGGUACCAUGAGAUGAGAGUCGACCAUCUUACCACUGAUGAACUUUUGUUUGAGCUUUCAAUGCGCACUAUUGUAAUUCGUGAUGACCCGAGUUUCACGCGAAGAAAAAGAAGUUUGCGUGAACACCUUAAAAUAGAAAAGGAGGAUGGUAAAAUAAUCAAUGCUCUGAUAUCUGUUAAUGUGGGGGAAGCAAUCGAAGCGUGCAAAAAAACAUACGAAGAAAUUUGUGGCGGGAUUAAGCGGCACGAUCAAAAUGUGAUGAGUAGAUGCAAGACCAGAUUAUUGCACUACGCUCACAAAGUGUACCAGCUUUUACUUCAGGCUUGUGAAAGUUGUGAGCAAGAGGAAACAUUGAAAGUAAUGUUUGUUGAAAUCGUAGGCAAAAUUAGGUUAGAAUUCUUUGCAACCGAGGACAUUAUUGAGGAGGAACAAGAACAAGUAGAUAACGAUGAGCUACUGGAUACAGUUGAGGAUAAUUCGGAUACAGAACCAAAUGAUCAGGCUGGAGUUAACCCACAAAUAAUUAAGUGGAUUCGUUCUCUUCAAGUUCGCAUUACAUAUCUUGAGAAGGAAUUAUCCGAUCGAAGUAACCAACGACAUAUAGCAACUCAGACGGCAGUUAGGUAUCUGGACAAUGAAGAAGCCCAGCACAAUAGUUCUUUGCAUAACAAUUUUCCCCAAUUGAAACCAAUCGUUAAUUCCACCACACAAAAUCGUACAUUAAUCCCCCCUCACAAAAAUCUACUUUUCACUCCGAAUCAAGUCUCAUUUCCUGAAAGUAAAGUCAUUUUGAAACCAGCCGAUUUUGGCGGCCAUCUUAUAUCUAACCAAACACAAAACUUAUCAUUUCAUCAGCCAGAUGCGGUUUCUGCCAACCCGCGACCAAACUACCCAAACCCCUCCCCAACAUAUGGACCAUAUGGAUAUAAUCAUAUUCUAAAUAAUCCUACAGUGCCAACAUCUGGCACCACAUUAAAUAAUGCCAACAUUUGGGCAAACUUUCCAAGCUCUAGCUUUCAACAAUAUUCCAAUCCAAACCAGGCGUCGUACAAUCAGGCUGGGCAAGGCACCUCUUUCCGCCAUAGCUUACCCGUUUCUAAAUGGGCGAUGAACAAGUACGAUGGGGAAGAUCAAGGUUUGAAACUUAACGAGUUUCUUGAAAUAGUGCAAGCAUUGUCCAUGGCCGAACAUGUUUCUGAGACUGAGUUGUUUGAGUCGGCGGUUCACCUUUUCGCAGGGCCAGCUCUAAAAUGGUACAUGACAAUGCGUACCACCGGCCGUUUACUUAAUUGGCAGCAUUUAGUACUUGAGCUUCGGCGAUCAUUUAUGCAUCCUGAUCUAGAUGCUCUGAUAAAAAUGAAAGUUUACCAACGAAGGCAACAAAGAAAUGAAACCUUUCUAGAAUUCUAUCAUGAGAUGGAACGAUUGUUCCGUACCAUGAGCACUCAAUUACCAGAUUAUGAAAAGGUGCAAAUUCUAUCACAAAAUAUGAGAAUUGAUUAUAAAAAACAAUUAAAUUUCAUACCAAUAACCGAUCUAGCCACACUAGUUGCCGCCGGUCAAAAGGUGGAUGCACUAAAUUUCUCAGCGUACAAUAAGGUUUUUGGAACCGACAAACAAGUAGCCAUGAUAGACCAAAACGUUUCUAAGAAAAAACCCAAAAAGGAAUCUUCAAAUGAUUCACAAAGUUUGCAAACCCUAUCGCCGCAACAUAAUUCGAAUCCUCGUUAUAACCAACAAACCUCUACUCCACCCCAGCGUAAUGCGCCGCAAUCUCAAAUAGCGGCAACCUUUUCUAAUAGCAAUAAAACUUCUCAGCCCACAUUGGAGGCUUUAAUUGAUUCUCAUCGUCCACCUCCAUCUAAUCACUGUUUAAAUUGUGGAAUAUUUGGACAUCGUAUUUCAACUUGCAGACUUCCUAAAGGCGUGCUCUGUGGGAACUGCGGCUUCCGCGGAUACCCAUCAAAUAAUUGUCCAUAUUGUACAAAAAACUACGGUUCAGCGAGCGAAAACCGCCGUCCGCUGAAUACCUAAAUGCGCGUAAUAAACCAUCUGUUUCACCAUAUUUUGAACAAGCCACUGAAAACAUUUAUUCAACGAACCCAUAUCUUUUCUCAAUCGUUUACCCAUACCACAACGAUAACCGACCGUAUAUUACUAUUAGUUUAUACGGGCAUAAUGUUCAGGCGUUAUUAGACAGUGGUAGUAACAUCACCCUUAUCAAUAAAACAGUGUAUUCAAACCUGAAAUCACCCAAAUUAUCCCCUCUUCAAAACCCAAUUCUGUUGCGCACAGCGAGCGGGGAGCAGCUUGUGAUCUCAGGACAACUUUACCUUCCAUUUUCAUUCAACGGUCAAGUAAAAAUCGUAGCCACGAUGGUGGUUCCGGACCUUGCUAUCAAUUGUAUAUGCGGGAUGGAUUUCUGGAGAAAAUUCAGAAUAAAACCCACGAUCCAACAAUGUUGCCAAUUGGAAACUUCCUUGACUGUUAAUCAUCCUCCUCCAGCCACGGUUCUUAAUGCCGAGGAAAGAAAAAUUAUCACUCAAGUGAAAACACUUUUCCUACCAGCAAAACAGGGACAACUAUCGUUGACACCUCUCACGGUACACCGAAUCGAACUGCAAGAAGAAUGGAAAAAAAAACCUCCCAUUCGACAAUUUCCCUAUGUAAUGUCCCCGAAAACACAACAGUUAGUUUCCGUGGAAUUACAAAGGUUACUAAAGUCCGGGAUUAUCGAACCAAGUAAUUCGGACUGGUCGUUAAAUUGCGUGCCGGUGAUCAAACCGAAUAAGGUGAGACUGUGCCUUGACGCGCGAAAAAUUAACGAGCGCACUGUACGAGAUGCGUACCCCUUGCCUCACCCCUGUCGCAUUUUAGGACAGCUUCCAAAAGCGAGGUAUUUAUCUACCAUUGACCUUUCAGAAGCUUUCUUGCAAAUUUCACUGGAUCCUGCCUCUCGCAAAUACACCGCAUUCAGUGUACAAGGCAAGGGGUUGUAUCAGUACACUCGCAUGCCCUUUGGUCUGGUGAACAGUCCGGCGACACUAGCCAGACUAAUGGAUCGUGUCCUCGGUCAUGGAGAAUUAGAGCCAUAUGUCUUCGUUUACCUCGACGAUAUAGUCGUGGUAACGGAGACAUUCGAGCAGCACGUGCAAUUGCUCCGUGAGAUAGCACGACGCCUAACACAAGCAAAUUUAUCUAUAAAUUUGGAAAAAU